UCGGGCGGGUGUUUCAAAAAUUUUUUCGGAUUGGCUCUUUGAUGAAAGAAAGGUUCUGAUUGAGUUUCUGGUAAGCGAGGUCCGAUUAUAUUUUUGCUUAUAUUUUUUAAAUUGCAACAAUGCCGAGGUGUGGGAUUCAUUUUCAAAUCCCAAUAUUCUCAUGCGAUAUAGCAUCUUUGGAGCGUCUUUUAAAUGAAAAAUCUUUUCGUGAGCAACUUGUACUUUUUAGUGUAGAUUCUCAACAAACAGAAGCUCUCGCAAGUGAACAACAUGGACGAACAGUUGGAAAAAAUUCGUCGAAUACAGUUCCACUUUUAGAAGAACAUCGAAAAGAUUUUAUUCCAAUUUUGUUAAGAAUUCUUUAUGGUUCCUUACACACACAUGUUCCUCAAAGAGGAAAGGCUAGACGUAUUGCUAUUUUUCGUUUUUUGGCAAAUUGUUUAUCUGAUGAAUUGCAACUUUUUCUUCAACUUAUAUUUGGCCCUAUUUGUUCAUUUUUUGAAAGUGACGAUACAAAGACUGAUAUUUCUAUCUCUAAAACGUUGAAAUCCCUUAAUGACAAAAAGUCUCAAGUUUCAUCAGUUUCUCUAAAUAAACUCAAAAGCAUUCUUGGCUCCUUGACAGAUUUUUUCAUUUUUCUUGGUCCUUCUCUAAGUGAUUUUCAAACAAAUUUUCUUUUUAAUAUUUUGCUUUUAUCUGGAAAAAUAAUUUUGCUGCGUGACCAAAUGUUUUGUGAAAGAAAUUUAAUAGAAGACGAAAGUAUGCCAUUAAUCAGACAAUUGAAAAACUUGAGACUUCUUUUUAUGGAAACGAUUACUAAGUUUCUUCAAACCUUUGAGACUCGUAUUAUUUUUGUUACUUCAAUUGAAACGUUUUUCAACGAAAUUUUGACUCCUUUAAUCGAGAAUAAAGGAAAGGUUGUUGCUUCUCAACAAAAGUGUUUGAUUUUAUUGCCAUCUUCAUUAAUUAAACUGUUUUGUUUUUGGAUAAAAAUAAGAAGAUAUCAACCAUUACUUAAUGUCCCCUUAUUGAUCCGAACUACUACAAAUUUGGAAAGUGAUGCUAUUGAAAAAACAAUAACUACUACACCUUUUUCAUUGCUUUGUGAUCAACUUUUAAUAUUCAAUAAAGAAGAUGUUAACAGAAUAAAAAAUGCACAUGUUGAAAUUGUGCAAGCUUGUAGUUUAUUGCUUAACUCUUUGGAUGAUCAAAUUUUUGUUCCAGAUGAAAACGAUUUUUCUUUAUUACUUCCUCAAGCACAAAUACAACAUGAGAAAAUCGAAACAAUUAAUGAAAACAGUAAAGUUACAUUUGGAGUUGGCCUAAUUCUUUCCAAAUCAAAUGUCAGCAAAAUUCUUCAGCAUUUAUCUCAUUUUAUUGGUGGGGACCAUUCAAAGAUUGCUCGUUUGCCACCAAUUUAUUUUGAAUUUAUUAACAAGCUAAGUUCUCUCACUCACGAUCCAGAAUUUGGUCAACUUUUUGCACAAACACUUCUUUUAUACAUUACAAAUAAAAAUGGAAAGGUGUUACGUCGUCAAUCUAUUGAUAAAGUUUAUAAUCUUCUUUCAACUUUUACCAGACUUUGUGUUCAUUUGGAGAAUCCUUUAAUUGCAAUUCGUUUAAUCAGUCCUCUUUUCUCAAUUCUUAAUGGACGGCAGGCACGAGAACAUCUUGUUGGAAUUUGUUCAGCUCUAUGUGCAAACAAGCAAAUGAUACAGGAAGCGGGAUAUUUGCUAAAGUUGAUAGAGUCACUUGAAAGUUGGGAUGCUAGACGAAUAUCUGAACCAGAUGCUGAACGGCGAUGUGAAGCACUUUUAUGUUUACACGACUUGUACGAACGCUGCGACCUUGACAAGCUUCUGGUUAACGGUGCUCAUGAAUUUUUGCCUUUGUUUGCUCAUUCACAUGCUCAUGCUAUGAUUAAUUCUUCCGACAUUUCUUUACGCGGUGCUGCAUCCAAUUGUUUUCGACAAUUAAUCAUAUUUGCCUCAAAACAACUAAAUAAUUUGGAGAAUUCUGAUUCUUUUAAUCCUUGUGAUUUUUUGCAUUCACAUUUGAUACCACUUGUGAUAAAAGGCAUACAGUCUGGUAACGAUGAGAAAAUGGAGCCUGUUCGACAAGAAUUUUUUCAAUGUUUGAUACAACUUAUGCGUUCAUUUCCUUCGGAUUCUCAUUUGACAGCGUUGAGAGAAAUUGGUGGAGAUUCGAUGAUAGUUGAUGAUAGUGAUACGAAAGAUCAAGAAAUGGAUUUUUUCGAAUGCGCAUUACAUAUUCAGACACAUAAACGCAAACAAGCUUUUAAUCAACUUGCAAAACGUUUAAAUAAUGAUGAGUCAUGUACCUUUAAUUCAAUACAUUUUGCCAAUCAUCGAGCCUUAUUUCCUUGAAAAUGCUCCAAAUCGUGUAGCGCUAGCUGAACAAGCUUUAAAUUUGUUUACUGCUAUUCUCAAAAGG